UCACUUUGGUUACCAUGACAACUAUAAUGUGUUUAUUCGAUGUUGGACUUUGAGGUUGUUUUUAUCCUUAAAAUAAGUAAUUAGUUCAAAGGAAACUAUAAACUUGUGAAAAUGGAAAGCCUGGAUACUCCUCAAAUCAUAACACACAUUGAGCACAAUAUAAAUCACUCCAUAUUUGAUUGCAAAUGGAUUCCGUGCUCUGCAAAGUUUGUUGUUAUUGGUUCAAUACCCAAAGGGCAUGGGACGAUCGAAAUCUUUGAGAUAACAGCAGGUGAAGUGAAGCAAAUAAAGGAGAUUGAAAGACCGAACUCCUUCAAAUGUGGAACAUUUGGUGCGACCAGCGAUGUAGAGAGAAGAUUGGCUACGGGCGAUUUUAAGGGUACUUUAGAAAUAUGGGAUUUAGAGAAGAGUUGCCAAGUGUACAUAACAAAAGAGCACACAGACAUAAUAAACUCCAUAGAUGGCAUGGGUGGCAACACUGUUGGGUGCGGGGCUCCAGAAAUUGUCACUGGCAGCAGAGAUGGCACAGUAAAAGUUUGGGAUCCAAGACAACGAGGCAAGCCUGUAGCAAACAUGCAGCCAGUAAAAGGCGAAGGCAAGAGGGACUGCUGGUCUGUCUGCUUCGGGAACUCAUUCAACGACUCAGAACGCAUUGUUGUGGCUGGGUAUGAUAAUGGAGACCUGAAGAUGUUUGAUCUGAGGACCAUGUCGCUGAGAUGGGAAUGUAAUUUAAAGAAUGGGGUGUGCCAUGCAGAGUUUGAUCGCAAAGACAUCCCCAUGAACAAACUAGUAGCCACUACGUUGGAGGGGAAAUUCCACGUCUUUGACGUACGGACCCAGAAUCCAACCAAGGGCUUUGCACAGGUACUAGAAAAUUCAGUGAAAAGCGGUACCAUUUGGGUGGCACGACAUUUACCACAGAAUAGGGACCUAUUCGUGACGUGCUCUGGCAACGGACAAGCGACUCUUUGGAAAUACGAAUACCCCGAGCAGAGGUUCCGCAUGGACCAGCAAGGUGUCUCCGUCGGGGUCCCCGGGAGCCUCAAGCGACUGCAACGCAUGGUGGUCAGCACACAACCCAUCAACGCGCUGGACUGGAACCGCGACCAUCUUGGCCUGGCCGUGGCGACGGCUUACGACCAGUAUGUGAGGGUUAUUGUGACUACUAAGCUGAAUAUACAAUAAAUUAUUUGUUAC